UUUACUGUUUGAAUGGUUUAUUAAAAAGCGUUUAUGUGGUUUAAUUCGUUUUAAUUGCACGUUUUUUUUCAGUAUCUAAAUAUUUGGAUCUUUGUAAUUCAUUACGAUAUUCAAGUGUGACUGAAGAAAAAAUUAGUUGACGUCACACCUGUGGACAUAAUGUCGAAAACAAAUGAUCUGGACAGACUUCAUUAUGGUAGUCCAUUUUUGCUUGAAUUACCACAAACGAAAAGUUCUCUUAUGUAUUUAAUUGCGGAUUUUUUCACAUAAACUUUGUUCUUUUUCUUUUUUGUCUCUAUCUCAAAAUGACGUUGCUAACAACAAGCAUGAUUUCUUUGUGGAAAUUUUUGCUGAUGCUGGUGUGGAUGCAAAUUAGCCCUGCUUUAGUUCUCAUUAACAGACAACCUCAAUAUAUAUCUCCAAUUAUAGCACAUGAACCCCACAAUUGCACUAUAAAUCGGGAAGAAUCCGGUUUCAUGUGGAGAUCACAAAACUUCUAUCCAGCUUUUGGUGGACAUGGCUGCAAAGUCUCCCUCUUCAAACCCAGGCAGAAAACGCCGAAAAUCCUCUCUUUCGACAUGACGAAAGAUUUGAACAACAACUCCAUAUGUCUCCACAAGAUAGAUAUAGAAAAAGGUAUUGAGCUUUGCAACCUCCUGGGAAUCCACGUGGAGUUUGUGGUGGAGGGCAAAACGAGUCUCCUUGGUUGGUUCAACCAGUUUGAACAGAGUGAGACGGAGUUCAUGCUGGCUCCUCUGCAGCUCCGACAAGUGGAUCAAUUGAAGGAGAUUGUACUUUGCAUCCCGAUGCAAUAUUUCAACUUAUCCGAAUUCUCCACCAGUCGACUCAUUAAGGCCACGGCAGUUGUGACGGAACUGGCAAUUGACUACUCGGAUCCGAACCGCGUGUCCCACCAGGAAACAAGGACCAUCAUAGAGAUGUCUUCAACUUCGAUAAGCGGGCAACUUUUUGUUUACCAGUCGUCAGGAACAUCGAAACUGCAGGCCUCUUUCGCACUCGCAGUUUGCCCAUUUCUCCAUUUUCUAAUGUGGCUACAGUGUGAAAUAUGAACACUUAACCAAAAGACAUCCAGAAGUAGGAAGCAACCAAUGCAUUGCAAGACAGUGAGUAAAAAAGUGACCCCUCAUCCACAGUUUGCAUCGGUGAAAUUAGAUUGCGUGACCUUCAAAAGCAAAACAUCUCUGGUUUUCGCAUUAAUGGUUAAAAUGCACAAACCUGGUGCUACAAUAAAACAAUAUAAUUAUUUUGCCAUGUAAAUUUGCAAUUCAAAUUAUUUUCAUA